AUACACUCUAAGGAUUGAUUUAGUAAAAAAAAAAAAAACCCCUCAGAAGUUGUCAUAGUUGAAAGGUUAGAGCUUGGAGGAGGCGGGGACCAGAGACAGAAUCAUGGCAGUAGACUGGAUUGGUUUUGCAUACGCUGCCAUCUUGGCUCUUGGUGGCCUACUGGGAUUUGUUCGCAAAGGCAGUAUUGUUUCCCUCGCUGCAGGUCUUACCUUUGGCUUGCUUGCAGCUUACGGUGCAUUCCGUGUUUCAUACAGUCCACGCGAUAUCAAGAUUUCAUUGAUUGCUGCAGGUUCUCUGGCUGUAAUAAUGGGGCUCAGGUACAAUCGAUCACGUAAAGUAAUGCCAGCUGGUCUGGUUGCUGGAAUUAGUAUUUUCGUGGUCUUCAGGCUCCUGAUGAAUUUACUCUGAAGGCCUGCUGGGAAAUCCCGGUCCACAUGUAAAGAUCAAAUACUGUACUUCGGUUUAUACAAUCUGCUAUAAGAAGAAAAUGCACUGAAUCUUUAACAUUUGAAUUUGUAUUAAACUCAUUUUUUUGUUAAAUCCUUAUGACCUACCUUCUUGCCUUGUCUAUUCAGCUUUAAAGGAUUUCAAUGAAACAAGUGUGUUUAACAUUCUUUCAGAGAAUAAUAUUACAGAAAUCAGCACUGUUCCAGAUACAGGGAUCUUUUGUAAAACCUGCUAAACCUGUACGUAAAUGGAUGGUAGUGUCAUGUUCAACUGCGCAAAAUAACAUUCCUGCUUUUCAAAAUACUGAUCUUGUUUCUUACGGUGACACAAAAUGAAAUAAUGUAUUUUGUGUAAUAAAUACUAAUUAACAGUUA